GGCAGAGCCAGGCGGUUCUCUGUGAGUUCAAUGCCAGCCUGGGCUACAAGGCAAGUUCUAGGAAAGGCCCAAAACUACACAGAGAAACCCUGACUCAAAAAAACAAAAACAAAAAACACCAAAAACAAGGUCCAGUUAUGUAGCUCAGGUUGGCCUUGAACUCAGUUGGUCCUCCUGCCUCAGUCUACCAAGAGAUGACUGAUACGUGUCAUCAGGUUCAGCGGCGUCCCUAUGGUUGAAGCCCCCACCUCUGUAUCCAGACGUCCCCUGUGUUCCCUGGCCUCCUGCCCCUCUCUCCAGCUCCCUACAACUAAACUCUUGGUACUCCAAUUUGCAUGCAUGACCCCCUGCCUGCUCAGUCCCACCCUAGUCCCCUCUAUGGAUGAGUAGCCUUGAAUUUCUGGCCUUUAUUUUCUACACAGCCUAGUGAGCAGGACCGGCACCCCACGGUUCACCUCUGGAUACAUCCCUGCCUCCUAGAUGGGCCAGGGGACACUCCCCAAAGAAGGGGCUCCAAGGACAGCUGGCAGGAAAGAAACCACAGUCGGAGGAAAGUAGCCAGGCCCUGACAGCGGGAGGCAGUGUGGCCACCCAGGCCCCCGCUGACGCAAGGAAAGAAUUCCACAGUGUGGGGUGCCAUUCUUCCCAGCACCACCCUGGCCCGACCAAGCACAGGGCUUGGUAGCCACCACUUCCUUUCAUUCCCGGCUCUGUGUCUCUGGGCCUCAGAUUUCUCAUCUGUGAAGUGGGCACGACUUCUGUGGGUUGUGGUGAUAAAGGGGGCUACCGAGUGAGCAGGCUCAGAAGCCGGUUGCCGGGGAUCUAUGCGAGGCAUUCAGAGCAGCACUUGGUAAAUGGGUCAGCUGGUGCUGGCCCUAAGGGCUGGAUGGACUCAUCCUUUUGACAACCUCAGGAAACAGGUGCCAACCUGGCCUAUUCAUCAAUGAGGAAGCCCAGAGAGAUGAAGUCAUUGACCCAUGGUCACACAGCUGUGCCACGCCGGAGCCAGCAGACUGUUGGGAUUUUUUCUGCCUCCUCCCUCCCAGCCGAGGUGUCCAGAAACCUGGUGUGAGGGUUGCUGUGGACUCUCCACCCCCUCCUGGGUUCAUCCUGUCCGGGGCACCCAGUCCUAGAGAGCAGCAGGCCAGGCGCCUGCCCAAAGGGCGGGGACACACGCCGGAGAACCGGCCGAGCGGGCGCCACUGGGCUCCAGCCAGGCCUGCGCGGGGGCCACGGCAGAGAGCUGGGGCCGCGGGGCCACCACCAGGAACGGGCCGCUGACAUCACGGCCCGCCAUGCAGAAGAACUACAAUGUCCGCUUCACCAAGAGUGGCCGGACCCCCGACGAGCAAUACUUUUUGGAUCCUGAGUUGGGGCACCAAAAAGGAUGCUGUCGUCAGUGGUACCAGGACCCGGUGGCCACUCACGCCCACGGGCCCUGUCAGCUGCCCCCCAAGGCUCACUGGCAGCAGGCUUAUCACAGCCACCGGGGUGGCAGCGGCUGUCGCAGGUGUCCCCAGCCCCUCAUUCUGCAGCGACAGCGGCAGCAGCAACAGCGACAACCCCCACCCCUCCCUCCCAGUCCGCUGCGGCAGCGGCUCUGUCCAGUUCGCGGGGCCCAGAAGGGGUCACCUGCGGUCGCCGCUGCCCGCAUGGGACCAGCCAGCGCCCCGCAACCUGCCACUUCAUCACCCACAGCAGUAUCAGCCACGGCCAGCAGCAGCCCAGCCCUGCCCUCUGCAUCCGGCGCCCUCCUGGAGCCCAGCGAGCCCACCGAGGCGCGGCCCCUGCCUGCGCCUCCAGCCUGCGGCUCCUUCACCUCCUACGGCGCCGACAUCCUGACGGAGGACGAUGUCUACUGCAGCUGUCUGGCUAAAACUCUGUGUCACGUGCCUGUCCCCGUGACCGUGGGCUUCUACGCUCCCUUCGGCUGCCGUCUUCACAUGAUGCUGGACAAGAUCAUGACGCUGAUGCAGCAGGAGGCCGCGCAGCGCGAGAGCGAGGAGCUGCAGCGCGUGCAGUGGCGGCCGCGGCGCGUGCGCGGCUGGGGCGUCCCGCAGCUGCUGUGGUUCCUGGUGUUUCUGCAGCCGGUGAUCACCGAGCUGCACCUGCGGCGCAGGAACGUGCGCUUCCUGUUCAUCCGCUUCAGCGCCUGGCAGUACGCGGGCACCGACAAGCUGUGGGCGGGGCUGGUGACCACGCUGUGCGAGGGCAUCCGCCACCACUACGGCGCGCUGCCCUUCAGCGUGUACUCGGUGCUGGGCAACAAGCCCGGUAGCCCACGCGACGGCCUCUGUCAACGCGAGUGGCACUGCCGACGCCGCGUGUGCCUGGCGCUGCUGGCGCUGCUGGCCGCGCUGUGCCUGGGUGUGGGGCUGCUGUACCUGUCGCUGGGGGGCCACGCGCCGGGCCACACGGGUCGUGGCCUGCUCAAGGCGCUGGGCGGCGCGGCCACCACGCUGUCGGGCUCGGGGCUGCUCAUGGCCGUGUACUCCGUGGGCAAGCACCUGUUCGUGAGCCAGCGCAAGAAGAUCGAGCGCCUAGUGUCGCGUGAGAAGUUCGGCAGCCAGCUGGGCUUCAUGUGCGAGGUGAAGAAGGAGGUGGAGCUGCUCACCGACUUCCUGUGCUUCCUGGAGAUCUACCAGCGACGCCGGCUGCGCGUGGUCCUGGAGGUCACCGGGCUGGACACGUGCUACCCGGAGCGCGUGGUGGGCGUGCUGAACGCCAUCAACACGCUGCUGUCCGACAGCCACGCACCCUUCAUCUUCAUCCUGGUGGUGGACCCCAGCAUCCUGGCCGCGUGCCUGGAGAGCGCGGGCAACAUGAAGGGCACGGCGGACAACGGCUACCUGUUCCUCAACCGCACGGUCACGCUGCCCUUCUCGGUGCCGGUCAUGGGCCGUCGCACCAAGUUGCAGUUCCUGCACGACGCGGUGCGCAGCCGCGACGAUCUGCUGUUCCGGGAGCUGACGCUCAAGCUGCAGCCGCAGAGCCAGGGCUCGGCCGCCGGCGAGGGUACGCAGCUGCUGGCGGUGGAGACGCAGGCGGACGGGGAGCGCGCGCAGGGUCGCGUGGACGCGGAGGCGGCGCGGCGCAUCCAGGAGGCGCUCUGCUGCCUGCACGACGAGCGCGACUGCUUGUACGAGUACGUGCCCGACAACGUAGUGUCCAUGCGGCGCAUCGUCAACACGGUGCCCAUCACCGUGCGCCUGUUGCAGCAGCAGCAGCAGCAGCAGCCGGACCGCGUGGGACCCACCCCGCGUCACGCGGUGGCUUGGGUCGUGCUCGCCAACCAGUGGCCUUGUCGCCUCAGUUGGGUGCUGCAAUGCCUGGAGGACCGGCAACAGGCGGGGGGCGCGCCCGAGGGCCGCGCGCGUCUCUGGGACGUCUUCUGCGACAACAGUCGUGAGCUGCACACCAUGACCAAGGCCUUGCAGAAUGUGCUGGACCUGGAUGGCGACCCCGAGCUUUUUGAGCGCUUUCUGGGCACUGAUUUCCCCUUCACCGUGUCCGAGGCACAGAGUUUGCUGCGCUGCACGGUCAACCUGGACCAUUCCAUCCGCCGCCGCAUGGGCCUCAUCCGGGCCGUUAGCGCACUCAAGCCGCCCAGCCCGCCCAAGUCCCCGUCCCGGGAUGAUCCCCAGGCCAGUCGUGGGGCCAGUAAUGCCGCAGGGACGUCCCAGGUGGCCCAUGGAUCAGGACACAGUAGAGAGGUGCAUCACCCCCGGGACCGGACCAAUGGGGGCAAGCCAAGGCCGAUGGCCUAAGUCCUUUAAUUUCAGGGGUGUAGAGGUCACUUGGGUUUGGGAUGGAGAACACCAGCAGCCACAUCCCGCCUGCCCCGAUGAGGGUGUGAGGCCUGGGCUCAAGACCAACGGAUUUGGGAUGGAAGGCACCCUGGUGACUUUGGAAGCCAAAAGGGCGGCGGGCAGGUAGCAGCUUCCUGGAGUAGGUAGCUCCCACACCGGUGUCUAGAUACGGAAGUCAAAAAAGCAAUAAAGGAAGCUGUGGAAAGCCA